AUGUCUUUCGCUGUUAACUCGUCCGGUCCUACGCCUCUGUCGACCACCACUAUUCAGAAUGCAGCUUCAAGUUCAGCCUUAUCUGGUGGAGCCAAUAUUGGUUCAGCCAAUAGUACAGGAGGAUCCGGCACUAGUCCGCCAAACAUCUUCCGUGCUGUCGAAAUUCCGCCGUACAUCUUUGAAGAUGGUCGAAGGGAAGUUAAAGUUGGGAACGACACGUUCUACUUUUACUCGGCGCCGAAUCAUCCGAGCACACGCAACGACGAAGCGGACACGAGCUGGCCCUGGUGGGCGACUCGAGUGGUGCUGCCAGCUGCACUCUUUGUGCUGUUUCUUUGCGGAGGAAUUGCCGGGUUAUUUUCCAAGGAAUUGUGCGCAUGCUAUGAGGAAGUAUGCGUGCGCCGACCUGAGUACUACGCGACAGGCGGUUGGGCGGGCGAUGGCUUGCGAGCAGCCGCAGCAUGGGUGCGGCGGAUAUGGCUCACGCGACUUUCUCGGGACACGCGCGAGGUGGAUGCAGCCGGAAAGUUUGCGAUGCGCGCGAUGGAUUGGCAGCAGGGCAAAGCAGAACGUCGACAAGCGUGGGACCGGUUUAAAGACUGGGCCAAGGGCUGGCGCGCGUAUUUGCUAGGUGGAAAUCAUGACGCGUUGCAACAUAGUCAUGUCCAUCUUGGGCAGGCAGGUGGAAGUGGAUCUGAAGAUUUGUUGGCUAGUAACGUCGCAGCGCCGCAAGCGAGGACCCUCAGAUCCGAUGCUGCGGCGUUGUUCGGCGGUUAUGCCGCUUGGUGGGCGAUGAUGUGGGACAACGUGAGCUGGAAUUUGUGGCGUGCGGGCAGAGGAGACAUUGACCACGUAGAUUUGGAGAUCGGCUCUCUCGACACGGAGGUCGGAUCCGUUCUGAGUGAGCAACGUAAAGCAGCAACACAAACACAAGUAGGAUCAUGCGUAGCUGAACUUGGCCACCGCGGCGGUCCCUUUGCGGCAGAGGCGGGCACCAGUGAUGAACGAACAAAGCAAGCGCCGCAGGUAAAUUAUGCGGGUGCUGAAUUUUUGUAUGGUGACGAAUCGUCCUCUUGCACGUCGCAAGCGAGUCUCCAUAUGAUGGACAAGCCUUUGCCUGUCCACGAUCGACAGCACACGGCUGAAGCAGAGAAUAGAAACGUGGACAAUGUGAUACAAGAGGGAGAGGGAUCGUCGGCGUUUGCUCCAGAAGAGACACAAAAUAGAAAUACGACGUCAAAGGAGGACACUAAACCGUGGAGUCCAUUGGGCAGAGCAGUGGCUACGCUGUCUCCGACUGCAGCAAAGUGGCUUUCUGGAGGCGUGGAGAAGACAUCACCGGGAAAGGCUGCACAAGAAGAACAACGUCCUUCCAUCGUUGACCAGUACGGAGAUAAAACAGUCGAUGAGCUGGCUGUAAUCGCCCGGACGCUCGGCCGGACACGACGACGUAUGCUAUUGCAACAUGUCAACCGUCUACGGGAAGAAGAAAACGCGCUUUCACUCACCGCAAGGGCUGCGGGUCUGGGAGAGGAAACGGUGGCAGUCGCUGGCUCUGGCAGUUCGGGUGUCGAAGGACCUACGCGGCUUCGUCAUACAGUACGCUCUAUUUUGCAGGCACGCAAAAAUUUAGUUGCUGCUGCUGCUGCAGAAAUGCUACUUGGGAGAAGCUUUGUGGAGGAGGAACAAAAGGCGGAACAAAGUUUGGAAGUCGGAAUUCCCCUGGUGUCUCGAUCUCGGCCACCUGAGUCUCAGGAUGAGCUGGACGCCAUCGCAUCAGCAGCGACGUCUCUCGUCCCGCUGCUUGUGGGCAAUAUCUGCUUACGCGCGUGCGAGACGCAGGCAAAGCGUGACGUUGAGCGCGAACUUGCGGAUCGCGCAGAGUGGCUUAAAGCCCGUCACAUAGCGAGGAGCGCUGUCAACACAGCUUAUCUAGGCCCCUCGUCGCCUUUGCAGCUAGGUAACGUGAAAUCUGACGCGCAGGCAAACGCAAGAAUGCUCGAUCACAUGGUGAAGCACCCAGUGUUUCUGGGUAACCCUGAUCACGGUGCUGCCUUUACCAAAGAUACAGCGAUCAGCUCGAAAAAGCGGCUUUAUGACAAAGAACGUGGUGAGGAUCGACAUUGGGAUGACGCGGGCUCAGAUGACAGUCGGAGCGUUGUUUCUGUUCAUCCACUAGACGUCGCAUCACCCGGAGGCAUCCAGCAAGUGAUGGACCGAUUACGCUUUGACUACAUCGAAGACGUAGAGGGUUCGGCUGGAGUAAAGGAGUUGUUUCCAAGUGGUCCACGGGAGCUGGUGGAGAAAGAGAUUGAGGUAAGUAAAUUCAUAGCCUUCUUUUCAUACGACUGUCGGUCAUUUACAUUUAUUAUCACUAUUUUUUACAACGUAAGUACUGUACGUAGUGCGAAACACCUAGUAUCGGCAUGUAUCCGAUAAGCUGAAGAUGAAUGUCGGUGUAGUGACUUUGGUUAUCUUGAUAGUCUGUUAGAUGUGCCAUUCAAAUUCUCUUAUGAAACAACUCAAUAUCCGCAGGCUCGCCGUGCCCACGAGAUCGCGAGGCUGGAGGCUGCUUUUUACGCGAACCCAGAUCGCAGUGACCUCGACCUCAAAGAGUUAGAGGAAGCACGCGACUUCGUGAAACGCUCAGACUUUGGUUUGGACGCUGUAGCGAUGCGAUUUGGCGAUGCAUCGGCUGCCAGCAUGGACUUUUCGAAGGUUGAUUCCCAGUUGUCGCCCAAAAUGCAAAAUUUCGCUACGAAAUUCGAGAAAGCAAUGCAACGGGUGGCUGUGGGACUGCCAGCUUGCGCUCCGUCAGUAGCAUCAAUCGGCGUUGAUGCCAGUCCUGAUAGAGGGCGAGGAUUGAGGCAGAGAGGCGAAUUUUCUCCUGAAAUCGAAGAUAUCGGGCGGAAAGCGAUGAAAUCACCGGGAUCCGACGAGCAAGUAGGUUCCACCAGCGCCAUCCCCAUCGACGCAAAGGGCCGACUGAUUCUUUCGACCUCGCUUUGGCGAGGGGCUGAUGAAGAGAGCAAAAGAGCUGCUGAGAAGCAGUCAGAGGAAGCUACUCGGAUCGAAAUGGAACGAACGAAGGUACAGAGGGAACUUGCGGAAAAGCGGCGACGCGAUUACGCAAUACGGAAUCGCAUGCGGCUGCCGUUCUCGCUCGGACGAUAUCGUGAAAACAUUGCGAAUUUUCGAAGUAGCGCUAGCCGACUGUUCCGACGACCCUCUUCUGCAGUUCGCUACUGCGCGCAAGGCGUCAACGACAGUGAACGAUUCGCUUAUGCUGACUAUGCGGAUGCGAACGAGCGACAAAUCGCUGAUGGCUUCGAUGAGGCAAUCAGGAUUGAGGAUAAUGACGCUGCACCAGACCGAGAGCCGGUUGAUGUAGAACAAUUGAUUUUGAAUUCUGAUUAUAGCAUGAACGGUGGUCGUCCAACAAAAGGCCUUGACGAGCAGGCGCAUGGUGAAACUAUGCUGUGCGAAUCAGAAGGAGGUUCUCAACCGAAGCAAUACUUCUACAGCAGGAGAGGCCGUUCGAGUGAGCGGCCAAGAGAUCCGGUACUUACUACAGCUGGGCGUGACGCAUUCAAAACAACGAAGAGCAGCAUCUGGAACUUGCUGAUAGGCGGGGGGGGUGUGCGCAUGCGCCAGAGAGAUCAACCUGGUACUUCUUCAAGACAUCCUGGAGGAAGAAGAGGAAGAAAGAGAGCUAGUAGUGCUCCUGUAUGUUCCAAGAGUCAGAUUUUUGACCCUGCGCUAGGCGGUUAUCUCGCGGAUCCGUCAACGAUGGCUCCACCUGUCGUUGUCGGUGAUUUGUUUCAUGGUGAGGACCUCAAACUUGCAAUUCGCUCUAGCGUUGAUGCCGAUGAUAGCGAAGACAAAGAUAUCCAUGCGCCUGUUGCGCCAGCGGCAUUGUCAAUGCCAGGAGUGAGAAAGUUAUUGUCUUCCUCAACUGCGAAUACAGCCUCUCAACAGCUGUACUUUGGAGAGGGGCCGGGGCGAGAAGCAGGAGCGACAAGAACGCUCGGGGGGCGUCGUGGUGCCUUGCUGCCUUCCCGCAGCUACUUUCUGAAACGUCGCUUGCGUCGGGAUCCACUGUUGAAUCCGAAUGAGAUCGAGCUUCGUCGUGAAGAGCUUCUCGCGCAUCCGGAAAACAGACAUCUCUCCGAUGAUAGCGUUCCCACUUUUGUGGGUCGAGGAACCGGUUUCCGCUUCGCAGAUCAAGGCUGGGAUAGAUUUUGUACGCCGGGGGCUACUUCGAGCAGUGCUGCUCUUGCCAGUUCAGCAGAAGAUGCAGAUGAAGGUAGUAGAGGUACAACUACUAAAGAUAGUAAUAGGACAUCAGACCAGCAGAUUACGCGUGGUGACUUGGAGAGUCAGGCAGAUUUGGAUUUGCUGGGUAACGAAAAACGACGAGUGGCGGAGCAAGAAGCGCGAGAAGCAGCCGCGCGAGUGAAAUCGCAAUUGGAGCAUCCACUGGCGGAAGGAGAGGCUUCGUUCCCUCUAGGAAUUCCAGACGUGAAGCGCUUUCGUUUGCGUCAGGGCAUCGAAACUGUGCGCAUUGUCGAACCACCGGGUCCAGACGAGAUAAUUGAAGGGAGUAAUAUUGCUGGACUCAUUCCUGACGAGAGCUCGGAAGAUUGUCGUAAAAGAGUGAAAAAUGUUGCUUCUUUCACUGAUAAUGUACAUGCACCGACUACUACGACUGAAGUUCGGAGCAAAGAUGCAUUGACAGCUGAGGAAGGCGGUGGUAUCAUACCGCAUGAGGCAUUGCAGACGGUGAACAAGGUUACGACAGAUCCGGAUCUGCAAAAGCAGCUCGCGGAAGCUGACAGUCUACGCAUUGGCACGCACCUGUAUGAGGAUCCCAUGAAACCCAGUUUAAAUUUCGCACGUCGACUCAUUCCAAGGCGCAAGCGGCGCUGGGCAAGCCUCGACGAAAUCUUAUCACCUGGUGGAGAAGCAGCUGGAGCAGCAGCUGGGUCCGAUCAUCAAGAAACAUCGCGUAGCACGACGAGGAGAAACAAAAGGGAUCGACAGCGUCGACCUAAUUCUGCUAUCAUGAGUGGUCAGGACACACGGCGGCGUUCGUCUUGGCGUCUUUUUGAUCGCUUGUAUCGCACAUCUUUGUCAUUAGAAGAUAGAAACGUUCAAGCACGACAGCGCAAUCGUCCUGCCGUUCAGUGGCUCCGCUUCGCAGAGUUCGUCGGGCGCCGAAAGCUGAUAGAGCCCGAUGCGCAAGAUAAGGAGCUGCAGAAGCAGAAGCAAGUAGCGCAUGAUCUUGCGCACCGAGAGGUGCUGGUCGAACCAGUUACGGCUUUCCGCGAGGUCGUGGGCGAGGGCCAUGUAGUGCGAAAAGCCGCGACAUUUUCUUCAGCUCGUCGUACAAAGGGUCUUCAUAGUAGAGAGGACCGCCUAACGACGGCACGUCCUGAGAGGCCUACUCUGCGUCCGCGAUCGGCUGCGUACAGGCAUCACGAUGAAGAGCUUUACGAACAAUCAGGCGGGAUCCCAGACGGCAUUCGCGUUGCUAGUACAGAGCUUUACGAACAAUCAGGCGGGAUCCCAUCCGAUAAGGGGUCGUCUCCGUUUCCUCGAGCGCCGGCUCCUGUAGGUGGGACGAUUAGCGGAAAGUCCCUGCACUUGCGCACGGGGAGCGGAUUGCGCGGUGGGCGCUCGAUGCGAACGAGACGGCCGCGGUCUGCGUUUGAGAAGCUCCGAGCACUCACCAAGCGUACUGAACAAACUGAUGGUUCUAACCGACUGUCCCAAGAUCAUGUUCAUCGCGUCAGAGAUUCUGCUGGUGAACAUCAUGCGGCGUUUCGUAGCGGAAAAUCUUUUUUGAGGCGUUCAGCGACCAUCGCCCUCGAUGCGGCUUUGAAUGCUACGAUUGGAAACCGCGAAGAACACGAGAGCGGUAUCGCGUCCGGCACAGACCGAUUGGAGGCCUGGGUUGAGGCCUACCGACGUCAACAGGAAUGGGAAGUGGUAGAAACAGAGAAAGAAGACUUCUUCGACAAAAGCGUCGGAAAACACGACACGUUUGCGAAAAUUGAGAAAGGUGAGGACACAGUUGGAGAUACUCUUGGGUUUGGACCAGAUGGCAGGACAACGGAUUAUAUCAAAGAGGGACAACACUAUUCGCCACCAAGAAAUAGUAGAGCAGGAGGUGGAUGUCAGAAUACAAAGAUGAAGAGUCUGAGAAGAGGCGUUUCGAGGACUGGUUUAGACGCUUUGCAACGCAGCAGUUCCUUCUUAGGUGAUGUUACGAAUGGUAUCCUCGCUGCAGCAGGGUUUGCUUCGAAUGGCGUAGACGACCCUUUCGCGUUCGGUGACGCCGAACGUCAACAGGCGCUGCUUCAACGACGAGUAGUAGAUACGAAGGCCGAAACCUGUAACCAGAAAGAGGAGGACGAAAGUUUGCACACGCUUCUCACGGGCUCAAUGAGUGAAAACGAUCCGCGACAACCGAUGAAGCUUCCCUCUGCGCCAAAUGUUGCUGCUCCACCACCGCGUGGACCAGUCUUAUACGAGCUUCCGGUGCUCUGUGAGCCAGGACAAGUGCGGAAAUUACCCUUCCGCGUUUUCGAGGAGAAUGGGCGUUUCCGUGUCGCAAAAAUUGUCCGACAGAAUCGAGGAGGAUCUCUGGAGGACACGAUUGAAUCGUCUAGUCUGACGCGGCAUGAUAAUCAAGUAGGUGAUCAUGCUGGACGGGGACGAGCUGGACCAAAUCCAGCGCUGGGGAAGGUUGUUGAAAAUGAUAAACGCGACGUUGAAUCCAGCACACCUCCACGAUCAUCUUUGUCUCCGUCCGUUGCCUACCGUGCUUUCCGGGAUGGUCAAACUGAGAACUCGCCGUUGCACCUUUUAAGAAGGUAUAAGGCGGAUCGCAAGCUCGCCAAGGACGUCGUGGCAAACAUUGUCCGACUUGUGACCACCAACUGCGUAGAGGAUGACGAAAAGGAAGAACGAAAACGGGAAGUUGCUGCUGCAGUGACUCGUGCUGUAGUCAAGAAAGUAGUAGAACGUCGAAAGCUGAUCGACGUCGUAGUGCGGGACGUAUAUGCUGCAGUGGUCCGCAAAAUCGGUGGAGUCGAUCUCACAUUAAGUGCAGAAAUGUUGGCUGGAGAGGCGGAGCUUCCACAUAAGGUUUCAGGAAACCACGACGAUUUUUAUGGUGAAAACGGAGACUUUUCGGUUCCGCGUAGGACUAGUCGCGAUGCGGUCUCCUGCUCUGGUUGUUCGACUAUUGGGGCAGAUGAAGAUGGUGCUGUGGGAGGGCAAGGUGAUCAUAGUCGAUCCCCGUCUGCAAGAAGCGCUGCAACUACGAGGAAAGAUAGUAAGACUUCAGCAGCGUCGUUUGGUAGAUGUAAUAGUGGUAGUCGUAGCAGCAGCAGCAGUAGCUCCCUCCCCUCGGUUCCGUUUCUAGACGAAGCUGAAAGCCUGAAGGCUGAAGCAGACGCCUUUCUUGAGAUCUUGCACGCUGGAAGGGCUUCUUCCAAUGCCUUUUACGGAAAUCUAUUGGCACAGGAGAGAAAUGCUUUUGGGAUUCUACAUGCUCAAGACGUGGCGGGAGAUGGACAUGCAAGUACUAGACGAGAAAAACAGGACGGCUUGAUCAACAUGGUUCUGGAUAGGAUUUUAGAGCGGUCGGAAGGGCAAGGCGCUGGACGUGAAGUCAUUAAGAUCACGCAGAAGCUUUUGAAAAUGCGGUCGAAGACAGAGAAGGUGCUUCAUGAAAGGCAAACCCUAUAUCAUGCACGACAAACUUCUGCAGGCUGCUCGGAUGCGAAUGUGCCAGGAGAUCUGAAGAAGAUCAAGGAUAAAAACUACACCGCGGAACGAUCUUCGUCUUCAUUUUCAUCCACGAGCAGCUCCAAUAGUGGUUUUUCCGCAACUGAGUCGGAGGACGUAGAUGCCGUACGUGUGCGUCCGUGCGGACCAGUCGAUGGGCUUUUCACCGCGACUCAAAAAUUUCGAGUUUCGGAUGUGGAUCUCAACCUGCACAGAAGACCUGAGCCAGUACCCUUACAACAAUAUUGGAAUUCUGAUGUAGUUGUCGACGACGCAGAAGAUGAUAGUCUUCAACGACGUGCUGGUUCAUCUCUAACACAAGUUUCAAGGCCCACUGCUCAAACCUGGAUGGAAGGCAUGCACAAUACGGCGUCUACCUUCCUGACCUGUGGGACUGAAGAUUCGUACUUAGAGGAGCUACGCAAGGAAGACGAGUUCGAGAACUACGGAGAAAAAGCGGGUGCCGGCGUCUCGAGAAAGAAGGCGAUGAACGACCUGCACGAUGACGAAGAGGUCUACCAAGCCUUCAUCAGACCGCAAGUUAAGGCUAGAGAUAGUUCAUCUUUGAGAGCAUCAUUGAAAAGUAUGACUGAGUAUAUUCAUCGGGAUACGGUUCAAGGAUGCAGAUCAAGGAUGAUUAUCGGACAGCCCUAAGCAAAGCAGGACUUUACCGCCAAACUAUACAUGGCAAUCAUUUGCAGAAGUGAGCAAGGUUUGCAGAAGUGCGAACUUGAGGCUUCCGACUUCGUCUUUAAGCUCUUGCCAGAAUACUUCUAGGAACCAAAAGUCCGGCACAUCUAGUGGCGAGAAUGGUGCGACGAGGCCAGACGAUCACGACGGUGGUACAAACAAAAGUAGCAAGAACUUCUGCGCGACCACUGGUUCAGUAGGAGAAAUUGAGGCGGCUGCUGUGCCACGAUUCAGGUUUGUUCCACCAGUAUUGCCCUACACGCGAAAAGAAGCUGCGAAAGCUCAAGGUCGUGUUAUCCUGGAAGAUGAUCAUUCCUUUAACGGCGGUGAUGUCGCAGGAGGCAAAUCGUUUUCUAGUCCGUUUGUUGCAGAUGUGAAGAUGAGCCAGCAGCCGCUGAAAGGGAGAAGCCGCGAGGGUAGGGGGAAGGAGCGACACGGAAGCGGCCAGAAUAGCAAUAGCGAGGAUGAAGAAGACCGCAUCCGCAGAAGCAGUGGACGAGGCCGGUCUAGAAGUCCGCUUUCGCGAAUCAACUUUCGAAAUCCUCGCUCACCUGGACUGCGGAGCGCUGCUGAGGAGAUACGACCCACAACGACAAUCGAGAUCGAAGAGGAUGUUGUCGUGGAGCAGACGUCGCCACGCCGUUCUCGUUUGACGGCCUUAGUCGACUCAUACCUUGCCACUAGUGGACUUUUAGCUGGUCAUCAUGGUCGGAAGGAGAUGAGCACCGCAACAGCUCGGCCGCUAGAUGAUGGUGCUCAAGGCACUCAACAAGGUGGAACUCGAACAGAGGGAACAAGUGCUGUGUCGAGUGGGGAGAGCGCUCUCGUUUCCUUUUUAGCGGCAGAGAUGCCAAGACUCAUUGCGGAAUGCCUUGCCGAAGCGGAGGGAUUGAAAGAAAAUGAUGCUGGCGAUGCUAACCAAGAAGAGCCAAUAUUUGAGAAAGAGCCACGUGGCGUGAUUUGCUUUGGUCCGGCCGUCCCACGCCAACGCCGUCGGAGAAAACGAGCAUCUCUAGCGACAACUAAAAGUCACACCCUCCAAACGCCGACAUUGCACGUGAAAUCCGAAACGAGAACUAGCUUGCUCGAGGUAUUGCUUCCCUUGCUUCCUAAAUCAUUGGAUGAAAUGAAUAUCGACGCUUGGGUCUCGAGCGCCGUAGCAGCUAUGGACCUCUCUAGUGGCCUCGAUGCUUGGAAAUACCCUUACUGCCACGAUCGCGAUGCCGAAGAUAAAGAUAAUACAGCGAAAAAGUCACAAGCUGGUCUUGCAGCUGGAGGUCCUAAGUCGGGAGGUACAACUGAGUCGAAGCAUACAGCACCAGGAUCCGCACCAACGGUGAUCAAUCUCGAUGCGGUUGAACUCCAAUCCUCCUCACACGCAUCCAGCACGGGUGAUGAUGCCAACAGAAGGACUACUAUGAAUUCUUUAGAUCAAAGAGCAAGUGACAACGUCGCUGAGGUAGAAUCGCGAUCUUCAGCCACUUCGGCUGCAGGGACAACAGCAACAUCGACGAAAAAGGUGAAGAUUCAUCGGAGCGUCGUGGCAGAAGAAAAUAAUGUUGGUGAACAUGUUGAGGCUGAUAAGACUUCAUCCUCGUGGUCCAGGAGCGACGAGGAUGAAGACAAAGCUUUUUCCUCCUCGUCUUCGGAAGCGCUUCUCAGCGAUCACGGACGAAAGUUGCGGGACCGCCUCGACGGCGCUUUCUUGAUGCGCAUUAAUGACACGCCUAUCGUCUCAACGGUUCUUGGAACAGCUCAAGAAUGUUCUCAUUCUCAAGGACACUCGAAAGAAUCGCAGACGACUAGCACUAGCACCGUGCGUGGUCUCUGGGGACUCCUAAAUGCUUUCGCACCAGAUGACGAUGCUCAGGCAGAUACGAAGAGUCCGAAUGUUGACAGAAAGUUGCCCGGGAUGAAUUGUACCGAAGAAGAUGGUGGAAAAAUUCAUCAAAUUGUCGAACACGUAUUGCUGUCAGAGGAGACAGAGCAGGCGGAGCAGAGACAACUGGCCUCCACUACUGAUCCUCAACAUUCUUGUAGUACAAACGAUGUUAGUAGCUCGAAAAAGUCAAACACCUACACCGGCGCAGAAGGUGGUAAGAGCGAUAUGCCACCAGAAGACCUGCCAUCGACGCUACCGGUACCUCGGGGUUUGCGUAAAGCGAUUCAACACCGGAGACGGCCCCCGUCCACAGAUUUGGCUCAGCGCAAACUGAAAUUCGUCUCUUUCUUUUUUCAAGAUGGUGCUUUUUCUCCAACGUGA